AUGUCCCCAUCUGGGGAAACCCAUCUUCCACUGCCAGAGUCAGUCAUCAUCAUGAAACCCAAGCAUUUUAUCUUGGUCUCAGCCUUUAUUGUUGGCUGUGUAAGCCAAAGGUCACCCUAUGCUGGUCUACGUCCUAUAGGCUUCCCCGUCAUAGAGACUACAACUUUAGCGAGCACUUUGGGGAACAGGUUCGGGGAAACCACAACUACUCAGCGUUUACCUAUAGAAGCUUUGGGAGACAGAGGGCUUGUAAACCGUUUAGGUCAAUUUCCACAAGACAAACAACCCUUCUGGCUCCUUAACUGGUCAGCGUUAGAAGAAAACAGAAAGAAGCCUCAGACGUAUCCACAGAGACCAAACCCGUUUUCAGAGAGUAUCUUCAGGGAAAUGUCUGAGCUUGCAUUUAGAAGUAAUGUUAAUCAGAAUACUGGAAGUCAAAACAAUGCAAACUUGAAUAAUAGGAAUCUGCAAGAAACUACAGCAAAUCAAUUGGAUAUGGGUUCACAGAAUCCGGGGGUGCUUUCAAGAAACACUUCAGAGAAUCCUAUACCACCUUCACCUCAAGAUCAAGCUUUUGAAAAUUCACCAGGUGGUAGUCAAAGAAGUUCGGCCGGAAAUGAGAAUUUACAAAAGACAGCAAAUAUUCCUUUAUAA